AUGGUCUGUCACUCUUUCGCUCCGUUCGUGGUUCUUGUCACAACUUUCUAUUUCCUGCAGGCACAAUGCAGCCCCGUAGUAUUUGAACACCGCGGCAUCUGUGCCACCGAAGACCCGGACACGUCUUUCUUGAGCGCUCUCGAGCGAGUCAAAACCGAUGAGACCCAACCACAUGACGCUGGGUCAGAAUCCCGCAACGGCCCUAUCGAGAUCGAGACCUGGUUCCAUAUCAUCACCAGAAAAGCAGACCAAGACCAGGUUUCCGAUGACAUGGUCGACUCCCAGGAUGCGUAUCAGGAUGCUGGUAUUCAAUAUCGAUUGCAAGGUGUUACCCGUCAUGUGAACGACGUUUGGGCUCGCAAUGGAGAUGACCAGGGCAUGAAGGAAGCUCUUCGGAAGGGGACCUACCGAACUCUGAACGUUUACUUCCAAACCGACCUCCAGGCUUCCCCAGACCAAGCCGGGCGUGCAAGUCACCGUGGAGCCUCUCAGUCGAGUGAUCUCUCCUCCAGCGUACUAGGCUUCUGCACUCUCCCGGAUCCAAGCGUGAAUGCCAGCAGUCCCCGUGCGGACUAUGUCAAAGAUGGCUGCAACGUCCUCGCAAGUGCGAUGUCAGGAGGCUCAUUGGAUCUUUACAACCGAGGAGGAACCGCGAUUCACGAGAUCGGACACUGGAACGGCCUUUUGCAUACCUUCCAGGGAGAGUCCUGCUCUGCGGACAAUCCAGGAGACUACAUCGCCGAUACACCUCUACAGUCCACCCCUACGGGUGGUUGCCCUGCUCGGAAAGACUCAUGUCCUAAUUCGCCGGGGCUGGACCCCAUCCACAAUUUUAUGGACUACUCAUCUGACGUCUGCUACGAGAGGUUUACCCCUGGCCAGAACGAGCGGAUGCGAAACAUGUGGGCAUCGAUGCGUGCAGGAAAAUAG